AGGAACUUGUACCUGUUAUUUGCUUCUACUUUUUUUUUUGUCUUAGAACAUUUGUUGUGUCCCUGCCUAAUGGGUAGGUCACCUUGCAGUAACGAGAGUAACGUUAAGAAAGGGCCAUGGACACCGGAAGAAGAUGAAAAGCUAAUGGAUUAUAUUAGCAAACAUGGAAGAGGAACGUGGAGAACACUUCCAAAGCAUGCUGGUCUAAAUAGGAACGGAAAAAGUUGCAGGUUGAGGUGGGAAAAUUAUCUAAGACCAGAUAUUAAGAGAGGAAAAUUAACUGAAGAGGAGGAGCAAUUGAUCAUCAACCUUCAUUCAGUUCUCGGAAACAAGUGGUCAAAGAUUGCUACAAGUCUCCCAGGGAGAACUGAUAACGAGAUCAAGAAUUACUGGAACACCACCAUAAGAAAAAAGCUUCUCCACAUGGGUAUUGAUCCUGAUACUCACAGGCCAAGAACUGACUUGAAUCAUCUGAUGAAUCUUUCUCAGUUGCUUGGCAUGUCAAUGAAUCCUUGGACCAACCCUACUGGUUUACAAGCAGAUGUCACUCAAUUAGCCAAACUACAAGUGCUACAAAAUAUGUUACAACUUAUGAACAACACUUCAUUGAUUAGCAUGUCUAAUCAAAUUCUCAACCCUGCACUUGAUACAUUCCUCAAUGGAACAAACACCUUCCAAGCGAGAGAUCCAAUGUUCAGAGGUUCAGAAUAUCCAAACCCUACUACUGGUAACAACAUAUCCGAUCUAUUCUCUCAAACACCCAGUGACUAUUCUCAGCAGAACUUCUUCAAAUCAGGGAUAGAAAAAGAAAAUGAAACUAAUCAUCAAGAAGUUCCUAGUGAUACCCAAAACAUUAACACUUCACAACAGAAUCAAGCAGAAAAUUUACUUCCACCGUUAGUUGUUGCUUCAUGUCCUAGGACAACUACCUUCGACAAAAUGGAGAGCAACUAUAAUGCAGCACAGAAAUCCACAGAGUCACCUUUCUCUACAAAUUUUGAGGCUUGGGAGAAGUUUCUCAUUGAAGAUGAUGAAGCUAGUGGUUCCUACUGGAAAGAGAUUCUAGACUUGACAUCCACUUCUGCAUCUCCAGUUUCCUGACAGAAGAAAUUUUUCUCAAGAUAAUCAACUAAAGGAUCCCAUAUAUAUACCCAGAUAUUUUUCAUUCUUUCAUUUGUUUUUUCUUUGAAUUUGAUCCUUCAUUUGUUUGGUCAUCGUCCAUCAUAAAUUUGUGAAGUCUGUAAUCAUAAUUAGUUCUUUCCGUAGCAGAAAAAAAAUUGCACAUUAUACAGUUCGAUGUUUUUUUAUUACUUCUAUUUGUAUCUUGAGUCAGAUAAAGCAUCAAGCAAAAUCUUUUGUAGUGAUAAAGCAUAGUUAUAAAUAAGAUUUGUAUCAGCAAUUAGGACAAUAAUUAAUCUUUGCACCAUUCCUCUUGUCUUGUCACCCCCU